UCCUGCUGAUAUAAUAUCCCGAGGAAUGACACCUGUCCAACUGCAAUACCAAAUGUUGUGGUUUGAAGGCCCCAUUUGGUUGAAGCAAAAUCGAAGCACCUGGCCAGUUGAGACAGAGUUUUCGCCCGAUCAAUUCGACAAAGAUACGUUGGAGGAAAAAUCGUCUGUGGUGUUGCCCAUUGAAGUUACUGCUCCGAACGAAAUAUUUUCUCGACUUUCCACCUUUACGCAAACGGUCCGCUUGGUGGCAUGGAUGCAACGAUAUUGUCACAACGCUAAAAAGCAGAAUACGAGAAAAAUCGGUAACAUUUCCUUUGAAGAAUUCCUGGAGGCUACAAAAGUUUUGGUCAAACUGUCUCAAGCUGAAAGUUUUGGCCAAGAACUCAAGGAUCUGUCUCAUUCCCAAGAGGUGAGAAGCACCUCCAGAAUUGCCAGUUUGAAUCCUCAUUUAGUCGAUGGAAUAAUACGUGUCGGCGGCCGGUUAGCUAACGCACCAGUUUCUGAAAAUCGCAAGCAUCCCAUCAUCCUCGAUCACCAUCAUCCCCUUUCGAUCAUGAGCGUCCAGCACUACCACGAGUUCCUGUAUCACGCUGGGCAUCAACUCCUGAUUGCCAGUGUCCGCGGGAAGUAUUGGGUUACAAGUCUUCGUGGGUUAGCCCGAAAAACCAUCCAUAGUUGCGUUCAGUGCUUCCGAGUCAAGCCUAAGGUGAUGGAACAACUGAUGGCAGAUUUGCCACCCGAUCGAGUGAACCCUGCACCUCCGUUUCAGAAAGUGGGCGUAGACUAUUGUGGCCCUUUCUUGAUCACCUAUCCUCAUCGUCGAAGUUCCCCCAUGAAAUGCUUUGUGUCGGUUUUUGUGUGCCUCGUUUGCAAAGCUGUCCAUCUGGAGCUGGUCGCGGAUCUUACCACUGGAGCGUUUCUUGGAGCCUUGAAAAGGUUCAUUGGUCGACGUGGUAAACCAAUCCUGAUUAUGAGCGACAACGGAAGGAAUUUUGUCGGGGCCAGACGUGAAAUAGCAGAACUUCAACGACUACUCCGAAGCCAACAAUUUCAAACCGGAGUGAUAUUCGAAACCUGCAAGGAAGGGAUCAAUUUCAAAUUCAUUCCCGCUCGAUCUCCCAACUUUGGUGGGCUCUGGGAGGCCGCGGUGAAAUCUUUCAAGACUGCUUUUAAACGAACUGUUGCCUUGAAAGUGCUCCAGUACGACGAAAUGACCACUACGCUAGCCCAAAUAGAAGCGGUGUUAAACUCACGUCCCCUAACCUCGUUGAGCGAUGACCCAGAUGAUUUUGAAGCUCUCACCCCUGGCCACUUCUUAAUUCAACGUGCAUUAACUGCCCUCGAUGAACCUGAUCUAACUGAUACGCCAGAAAACCAUCUCACCAUGUGGCAAAGGGCCACAAAAUAUGCUCAGGUUAUAUGGAAGAAGUGGUCGAAAUUGUACCUGUCCGACCUCCACAACAGAACGAGAUGGACUCGAAAGCGAAACAACAUUUCGGUGGGCAGCAUGGUGCUGCUGAUGGACGAGAGGUUACCGUCUUUGAAGUGGCCCCUAGCGCGUGUCACUGAGGUUUUCCAUGGGUCCGAUGGCAACAUUCGAGUGGUCAACGUACGGACGCAGGAAGGGACCUACGGAAGGUCAAUAUCAAAGAUCUGCGUUUUACCGAUUCUGGACAACUUCCAGAAAGCCGAUGGGGAGAACUAAACUCCCCCAACGAAGGUGCAACCGCACCUGCGGGAGUCUCUGGGCUCCCGCGUUCCAGUUAACAUUGAUCGUCGUCGAGGCCCGGCGUGGCCGGGUCAGCGUCCCAGAAGGUCCCCCGUCUGCUCGAUAUAUCCUCUACAAGGCUUUCCCUCCGGUGAAAGAAUACGCAUGAAGAUGUCUUGGAAUGUGCAUGUCGUCUAGUCGUGUCUGUCAAAAUUAUCAACAACCAGCAACGUAUUUUCCAUUAGCCCUUUGCGCAAUUUAAUAAAUUUAUUUUCGAGGAGUGAGCAGCUUGAUAUAAACCAAAUGAUGCCCAGCAAGGAGGACUGAUCUACCUCCAUGCGCGACUGAAGCAGUUUCUUAGCAUGGCCAGCUUGAGAACCACUUCAUCCAACUACAAGGCAGAUAGUUCACGGUCGAGCAAGCCGUGUCCACCAAGCAGCCCACUUCCAUGGAAUGAGGACGGCGUCAUCGCCGU